AUGGCGAAGAAAAAGAAAAAAGGCCGCGCAUCCACCGGUGGGGGUAACGAUGUGAAGAAGAACAUCUUUCCCAAGGAGGAAGAAUCGGCCCCAUCUCCUGUCGUAGAUUUCCUAUCCUUACAACUGCACUCAUCGACUAGUUCACUCAAGAAGUCCAUGAAAUACUCUCCGACUCUUUUUCUCAAUCAAGUCGAUGCGGACUCAUUGGAUUUGAUAAAUGGGGAUGAAGUCUUCAUCCUGUCAGACGCAACUAGUAGUGAGGAUGUUUAUGCAUCCCUCGCCAAGGUUCAAAUCUACGAUAGUAGCGAGAAGCUGAAUUCGCCAGUAAAAUCGCCAGUGAGUUCCAAGAAGGGUCGACUAUCUCCCGGGAGCUGCCACAUUCAUCCCGUCACCUUGGCAAACGACGUCUUGGGUAUCCAAGCGUCAUCCAAGAGUAACGAGGCAGAUAUUCCCCCCACACCAAAGACACCCGUUCCAACAACUCCGGUGCCAGUACCCACUCCGUCGUCAUCGAAAUCCAAAUUCUCCUUUUCCAAAGGAGGUGGAGGAGACCAAUUGAUUUCAACGCCGUCGAAAGCGACUACUCCCACUCCCAACAACACCAACAAAACGGCACGAGCACCACCUCGAAACAUAUGGGCAGUGGUUCGUCAAUCCGAUUUGGGAGACUAUGUCGCGUCGCUGCUGUGCUGCAAAGCCUCUAUCAUCACUGUAGAAGAAGUUGACAAGGAUUCCAACAAAUUCGAGACCUGCAUGGAGAGACUAGUACAACAGCUCAUCUUGGCACAACUCUCUGGAUCCUACAUUUUAAAACGAGGCGUUCCGUUUCGGUUAUCGCUACGAGGACUGUCGGUCGAAUGCAAGGUUACAAAUGUAAAGGGAACGUCAGUUCCUUCGGUAGACAAUGUUUUGGAGGAUUUGUCCAAGCUGGCGAUCGAGGGCAGCACAACCGAUACAAAAGGAGAAAACGAGGUUGUCGAAUUUCUAAAAUCUCUUGAUGAAGAAGAAGUUGAUCUCCUGCGCUUGUAUUUGAUAUCUCACCAAACUACUGUGAAGCUUGGAUGUUCGGAGCAAAAGGAUGAAAGUAAAGAAUCCAAGGAACGCGAGCCGCUUGUUGCUGGACUUGACAAAACGGUAGAAGAGGUCAAAAAUAUACUCACAACGUCAUUAAUGCACCCAGAACUCUUCUCAGAUCUUCUCCGCCCGCCCAAAGGAGUGCUAUUGCAUGGAGCUAGUGGGACUGGAAAGUCAUCACUAGCUCUUCAAGUGGCCCAAAGCCUUGAGUCUCAUUUUCAUGUUGAACACAUUAGCUGUGCUUCAUUGCAAUCACAGACAGCUCUUGUUGGACAAGCAGAAAAGCAAUUGGUACAGAUGUUUGACAAUGCGCAACGACCAAGGGAUGGGAAGUCGGGAAGUUUGGUGGUUUUAGACGACGUUCACUUGAUUUGUCCAAGGCGAGAAGGAACCAACCUAGGAGCAGAUAGGCUAUCAGCAACUCUAUUGGCCUUACUUGAUGGGGUGAAAACCUACUCAUCGACAUAUCCAUCAAUGGUCUUGGCUACUACAUCUAACCCAUCCUUACUCGACCCAGCACUUAGAAGGUCUGGUCGUCUAGAUUCGGAAAUAGAAGUUCCACUGCCCGAUGAACCAGAAAUUCGAAGCAAGAUUCUUCAAUUUCACAUCCAGUCUAUUGGGGUAAAAGCACCCACACUUUCAGAAACGGAUUGGUUACAUCUGGGCCGAAUCGCAAAAGGGUUUACAGGAGCCGACUUGAUGCUAGCUGUAAAGGAAGCUCUCCGGAUAACAGUCCUCCGAGAUAUUGAGUCUGUGGAUCAAAACAAUCUUGAAGUUGUGAAGGUAGAUUUGGAACGGGGCGUCAGGGCUACAAAGCCAUCUGCUAUCAAGGCAGUCACGGUCGAGAUCCCGCAGGUCUUCUGGUCAUCGAUUGGAGGCAUGGACAAGGUGAAACAAGAGCUAAAAGAGGCAAUCGAACUUCCAAUGACACAUGGCCAUCUCUUUAAGAAGCUUGGAAUAAAUCCCCCGCGAGGUGUGUUGCUCUAUGGUCCUCCGGGUUGUUCGAAAACGCUAAUGGCAAGGGCACUUGCCACCGAAGGAAAUAUGAACUUUCUUGCGGUUAAGGGUCCGGAGCUCUUGAGCAAAUGGUUAGGUGAAAGUGAGCGUGCCUUGGCUGCCCUAUUUCGAAGAGCUCGACUGGCAAGUCCUUCCGUGAUAUUCUUUGAUGAAGUGGACGCGAUUGCAACGAAGAGAGACGGAGGCUCCUCCGGAGGUGAGCGUUUGUUGUCCCAGCUACUCACAGAGUUGGAUGGGAUCCAUAGUAAGCAGGAUGAUAGCCAGAAGCGUCGAGUUGUUAUUGUCUGUGCGACAAAUCGGCCAGAUCUUCUGGAUGAUGCCCUAAUGAGACCUGGGCGAAUGGACCGAUUAAUAUAUGUUGGACUACCAGAUGAAGCAAGUCGUUCUAGAAUUCUUCACAUCAGUUUGAAGGGGAAAUCAUGCGAUGAUGACAUUGAUAUUGAACAAUUAGCCGACAGCAAGAUUAGUGGUGGGUUAUCCGGCGCAGAGAUUGUAGCCGCCUGUCGCAAUGCUGCCUUGAUUGCACUAGAGGAAAACGAGAAACAGGGUGACCUUAGUCUGAAACCAAAAAUCACAAUGCGUCAUCUCGUUGAGACACUGGAAUCAAUGGACCGUCAAAUUUCACCAGAAAUGCUAGAAUUCUAUCAGUCCUUUCAAGGAAAAUAA